AUGAGCUGCUUUGGCUUGAAGAAAGCUAGACCAAAGAAUAAGCUAGAACUAUCCACCAUUCUUGCUUCGGAAACAUCCUUUACUGUGAAUGAGAUCGAGGCUUUGCUUUGCACGUUUAAGAAACUAAGUAGUGCAAUUAUUGAUGAUGGCGUCAUUCACAAGGCGAUGCUUAGUGUUGCUUACAAUUUAAGAAACUUUAUUCCUGUUACAAGGAGUGAGGUAUUUGAUAUGUUUGACACCAAGCGUGAUGGAGUGAUCGGUUUUGGUGAAUUUGUUCGCUCACUGAGCAUCUUUCAUCCAAAUGCAUCUGAAGAGAAGAAAAUUGAAUUUGCAUUUAGAUUGUUUGACCUUAGACAGAGUGGAUACAUUGAGCGUCAAGGGUUGAAGGAAAUGGUGUUAGCUACUCUCACUGAAUCAGAUCUUACAGUUACCGAUGAUGUUGCUGAAGCAAUUGUGGACAAGACAAUGAAGGAGGUUGAUUCAAAAGGAGAUGGAAAGAUAGAUAACGAAGAGUGGAGAGAUUACGUGACAAAAAAUCCUUCUCUUCUGAAGAUCAUGACUCUACCCUAUCUAAAGGAUAUAACUAUGGCAUUUCCCAGCUUUAUUUUGCACUCUGAGGUGGAAGACUAG